AUGUCUACUCCACAGAAUGCGACUACCAAUGACUCUCCUGGUGCUUUAGUAGCCGCAUCAACCAUAGACCCACAUCAAACCGCUCAUACGAUGCUUGUCACUGACUCUGGUACUCAGGACGCGUUUUCUGCUGCGGCAACACUACUCCGAGUACAUGAACCACAAACUCAUCACCAACAAAGUGAUACUCAAUUGAAUAUUCAAUUUGGACAGCAUUUACAACAUCAUCAAGGACAAAACCAGGAACGGGAAGAACGACGUCUUCAUCAACAAUCACAUAGUCUGCGACUCGUAUCAGAUCAGUCGACAGUGUCGCUUGAUGAACUUCAAAACAGUCUGAAAAGAGUAGAGGGACUUCUUCGACAAGGGAAUUUAUCUAUGGCGAUCCAAAUACUGUCCGAGAUUACUGAGCUCGUAGUCUCUAAUUGCGAGUAUCUGGGUCUAUCGGGAGAUGACUUUCCAUCACUGUACAGAGUCAAACAAGAGAAUUUUUGGCGUAGUCUUAACAACACAUGGAUCUAUGCUCUAACACAGACAAAUGUGCCCUCCAAACAUUCGACCUUUAUUGACCAUGGAUCUCUUUGCCAUUUACGACAAACGAUAAUCAAUUGGGCUGAUGUUUUAGAGAGAUAUGGGUUAGUAGAUUAUGAACUUGGCUUUUGGGAGCAGGAUCUUCUUGAGGCCAUCGAUCGCCUUCUUGCUGGAUUUUUAAACCAGCACAGUUGUCGUGCUUUCAACGGGGAGAUACUUUCACAAUGUCAACCGGAAGUAGGUUCAAGAGUGAAAGCGCAUGAUGGAGAGUUGUAUUCACAUGUGUGA